UCAUACACAAUACAAAUUACUUUAGUGUACACCAUUUCUAUGUGAUUAUUACAGACUUCUUACAACAUAUCGAUGUAGAAUAUGUAAAUAUUUGCAUCACGUUUCAAGGUACAAUUCACCUGGAUUGGUCAUUAUUUCAGAACAUAAUAGGUUUUAUAUAAAUGGAUAUAUAUUGACUUUUUACAGUGAAUUGUAUAGCAUUCAUUUACAUUUCAUGGUGAACUGAAGUCUAUAUAUAUUACAUUGUUUUGGACUUAUUUUCCAAUAAAUACUAUUUAUUGAAGUCUUUGACAUUUACGUGGAAGAUCAGAAACUAUAACUCUUGCUUUCAUACAAUUUACUUGUCUGCUACAUGUGUAUUUCAAUGUAAUUAAGAUAUAUAGCGGAUAAAAGUUUUAUUUUAGCAGUGAUUGGAAGCAGAAAACUUACAUGCAUUUAAGAUCUGUAUUUAUCUACGUUGUAUACACAGCAGUAGAAACCUUAUAUGCAGUCUGAUAAACAAGUCUGUCUGAAUUCAAAAAAAUAUUGAUCAAAAUUGUAUGUUUUUGAAAUCUUCAUUUUGAUGCAUUGAAUGUGUGAUGUUGUAAGAUUUCUCUCAGUGAAAAGUGAAUAUAUUUUAGUAAAUGGAUUAUUUAUAGUGCUCUGAAGUACUCCGAUUUACUAAACUAUAAAUGAUGUCGUCAAAUGGAGGAUUUUUAAACUUUAAAUAUCCAUUGGUACCUCAUGAAUCCACUAUGGAAAUCAACAAUCAUUUUGCACAUAUUAGCAGAAAACCAGAUAUAAACCAGUCUCCACUGGGGUCUCCUAUAUUAGAGCGUAGACAUCCAUCUGCCAAUAUGUACAGUAAUGACCAACUCCAGCAACAGAUAGCAUCACUAAAACAACAACAAGAAUUUCAGCAACGUCUUCUUGUUGAACAAUUCAGACAACAGCAGCAACAGAUGGCACAAGAACACGAGAAACAGUUGCAAGAACACAUUAAAGUGCAACAGGUACAGGAACACAUUAAAAUGCAACAGCAUUUAGUGAUGUUACAAAAACAGCAAGAAUUCCUUCAAGAACAACAAAAACUUCAAGAAAGACAUCGCCUGGAGAAAGAACGCAUGGAGAAAGAACGUUUAGAACAACUAAAGAAUAAAACAAAGAAUGAAGAAAGUGCUGUGGCCUCCUCUGAAGUCAAACUACGGUUGCAAGAAUUUGUUUUAACAAAGAAACAUAGAGAAGCUGCAGCCAGAAAUUCUCCUCCAUUCCAUAAUUGGGUUGAACAAAAUUCGCCACCACAGUCUGGCUUAUCUCCUCCUUUUGGUCCUCAUCUUCUUGGGAAAUAUGACAGAGACGAUUUUCCAUUACGUAAAACAGCCUCUGAACCAAACCUUAAGGUGCGGUCGGCCUUGAAGCAGAAAUUGGAGAGUCAACGGAGAAUAACACACAGUCCAAUUCUCCGACGCAAAGAUAAAGCUAACUUCCUCAAACGCAAACCACUUUCGAUUGAUUGCAGUAGCAAUUCUGAUUCUGGACCAAAUUCUCCCCCAGCAGGACCUCAUGCUCUCCCCAAUGGUAGCCUUGCAUCACUUCAUUCAAAAGAGGACUCUCAUAGUUACCAGAUGGCAUCAUUAUAUAGAUCUGUUGGUUACCAUGGUAAUGAUCUCCACCUGUCACCAUCCUUGCCAAACAUUUCAUUAGGUCGUCCACCAUCAUCAUCAGGUACAAACAACUCAUCACCACCACAUUCAGAAAGUGAACUACGGGCAUUAGAAGCAGGCAGAAUGAACAUGCCCCACCCCCACCAAGCAGGCGUACCAUACUACCCUUCUGUACCAGGUAUGGAAGGUGAGAUACCACCACAUCAUCCAGCAUACAUAUCUACACAAAUGAAAUUAAUAGAAGAAUCCAGGAGUCAAGGAAAAUUGAUGUCACAUGUUAGUCCCUACAACACCAUGCCCCCAGCAAACACAGCAAGUCCAUCAACAGCAGAAACCCACCCAUCAAGAAUCCAUAGACAUAAACCAUUAGGCAGAACUCAGUCUGCACCACUGCCAUUGGGACACCCAUUUUUACAACAACAAAACUUGCUGCUUCAACAACAGCACUCACAACAAGUUAAACAACAAAUACGACAAGCUGUCUUACAUCGUGCUGGAAUGGAGAAUGUUGACGAAGAAACAGAAGCUAAGUUACAACAGGAAAUGAGAGAAUCCAGAGAGCAAGAUGCAGAUGAUGUAAUUGUAGUAAAGGAAAGUCACAUGGAAGAAUCGUCAAGUGAGACGUUAAAACCACAGCAAACAUUCCCAAACCAUCCAAGGGAGGCUAUCAAACACCGUCGUCAUCAUCACCAUCGACCAUUAGCUAGGACACAGUCCAGUCCUCUAGUUACUUUCUCUAAUCUACCACAACAGACACAGGAAUCUGACCCAACCACAAUUAGAUAUAGAUAUACUACAGGUAAUUUACAUUGCCCCCUUCAAACCACAACUAGAUAUAGACAUACUACAGGUAAUUUACAUUACCCCCUUCAAACCACAAUUAGAUAUAGAUAUACUACAGGUUUAGCAUAUGAUUCAAUCAUGCAGAAGCAUCAAUGCACAUGUAAUAACAAUUCAAAUCAUCCAGAGAAUGAAGGCCGUCUACACAGUAUAUGGUCUAGAUUACAUGAAACUGGACUGACAUCUAGAUGUGAGAGAAUAAAAAGUAGAAAAGCCAGCAUGGAAGAAUUACAAAGUUGCCAUUCAGAAGCCCAUACAUUAUUAUAUGGGACAAAUCCCCUUAACCGGCAGCGUCUAGAUCCAAGCUUAUUUGAAAACAUGCGUUUCUUUUUGUUACCUUGUGGAGGAAUUGGUGUGGAUUCUGAUACAGUGUGGAAUGAAAUGCAUACAUACAUAGCUGCCAGAACGGCAGUAGGCUGUGUUGUAGACUUGUCAUUAAAAGUGGCAUCACGUGAACUGAAGAAUGGUUUUGCUGUUGUGAGGCCACCUGGUCAUCAUGCAGAAUCACACCAACCAAUGGGAUUCUGUUAUUUCAACUCAGUUGCCAUUGCGGCUAAACAAUUGAAAGAAAAGAUGAAGUUAGAGAAGAUAUUGAUUGUUGAUUGGGAUGUACAUCAUGGUAAUUCAACGCAGCAGAUAUUUUAUGAUGACCCAAGUGUACUGUACAUAUCUAUACAUCGUCAUGACAGUGGUAACUUUUUCCCAGGAACUGGAUCAAUUGAAGAAUGUGGACAAAAUAAAGGUCAAGGUUACAAUGUCAACAUUGCAUUUGGAGGGUUGUUAACACCACCAAUGGGUGAUGCUGAAUAUUUGGCAGCAUUUAGAACCAUAAUUAUGCCAAUUGCCAGAGAAUUUCGUCCAGAAGCUGUAUUAGUUUCAUCUGGAUUUGAUGCAGCACAAGGUCAUCCUGCUCCUCUAGGUGGAUACCAGGUCUCACCUGCCUGUUAUGGUCACAUGACAAGAGAGCUAAUGUCAUUGGCUGAUGGUAAGAUUGUAUUAGCAUUGGAAGGAGGAUAUGAGUUGACUGCCAUCAGUGAUGCAGCUGAAAUGUGUGUCAAGGCAUUAUCUGGAGAUGAGCUACCUUCAGUUCAGGAGGAAGAACUACAGAAACCACCAUGUGCCCCAGCCUUAGAAACUUUUGAAGAAGUCUUGAAAACUCAGGCUAAAUAUUGGCCUGUAGUACAAAAGUACCUGGGAACAAUACAGUAUUCAUUGAUGGAGGCCCAGAAAAGAGAAAUGGAGGAGGCUGAUACUGUGUCUGCAUUAGCUUCUUUGUCUAUGGUGGCAGGAAAGAGAAGUAGUUCUUUUGAACAAUCAGAGCCAAUGGAAGAAGGCGAGUCAUAAGAUGACAUGGAAUACUUCAGAAAUUGAGAGAGAAGGGCAAUGGGUUGUGCCACUAAAGAAAAAGAUAUGUUGGUGCAAUGAGAUACUGUCUGUGCAUUAGUGAUAAGUUUACAGAUUCGGGACUGUAAUUACUAACUUGUCUAAUGAUGGAGAUGUGUUAUGUUCCUUUUAAUACUUGUUCAAUUACAUGCCUUUUGAGUGAGAGGACCACUUCAAAAUAAACCAGUGAUUUUUUCUUGUGUCUCUUUUGUAAAUUUUGAUAUUAAACUUAGUGUAUCACUUUAGAUGUCUAAUGGAGUUUGUAUAUAAAUAACGAGAUGUAGAUCCCAAGUGUACAGCCUUAGUGCAAUAUGUAACUGUGAUAGCUUUCAGUGUGUGUAGGAACCAAAUUGUUCAUAGAGUUGUUCCCCUUGAUAGUUUGCAAAGCUACUUCCUUUACUGGAAAGAAAAUGUUUUCCUUUCACUUUUCACUAAAUUGAUUUUUGUUGUAUAAAUUAUACAUACAAUUUGAAUUUAUAAUUGGAAUUGGGUCACAAUAAUUGUUAUACAAAGCAAUCUGUGUCCUAUAAGCAUGUUUGUUAGGGAUAAGUUGUUGUUUUUUGUCUGACUGCUUAUACAUGUGGUCAUAUUGUUUUGAGUCUGCUGGACAGAAGGAAGUUAACACUGAAGAACAAAGGAUUACAUUUCAAGGGUUUCCAUGCCAAAUUUGUUGAUGGUUUUUAUGUUUGUUAUAUAAUUGAGAAGAAUAUAUUUUGUGUUGUUUUCUUCAUGGAAAUUUUAAAAAUUGUUCAUGUAUAAAGUUGUAAAAUUCUAUAUUUAUCAUUUAUUGUUCUGUAAUAUAUUAUGUAUACAUAUUUUUUUAAAGAUUGUUUGAUAGUUGUGUUUAUCAAAUAUGUUCCUGUUUUAAUUAAACCAUUGUUGCAAAGUAUUUUUUACUUUGUAACAAUAAGAUUUGAAAUAAUGUGAAUUUGUUAAUUACAAGUUGAAAAUGAAUGUUUAUGAUCAUGAUGGAUCACUGAAGUUUUCUUUUUAUAUUAUAUAUAUAUAAGAACAUAUAUCUUUUUAGUGAAAAACUAAUUUAUUUUAAAAUGAAUUUAAUUACCCUCAAUAUUUAGUAAAAUUUAUUCUUUCUUAAAACAAACAAAAAAUGAUAAGAUAGGAGACAAUGUACUAAGUGUGUAUUUAAAACUGUAUUGAAUAUUUUUAUUGAUACAUUACAUUUAAAGGUACUUUUCUAGUUUGUUAAGAUCUAGGAACUUCAUUCUCGUUGAUUUUAUAAUUACUUUGAUUCAUAAUUUUGGCAUUUGAGGAAUCAAGUUUGUUUUUGAAUAAGUUUCUUAAGUUGUAGUGAAAGUGUAUUUGAAAUGUAAAAGAUAGGACAUUUGUAGAUAUUUUUGGUAAUGUAUUUGCCACAGUGAAAAGUUCUCUUUAAUGGUAUAAUUAAAUCAGGAAUGAUUUUGUUUGAGAAAGGAGGAGGCGAUACUGAUGAUUGACAAGUAGAUAGGUGGAGUCAAGGGUAUAAAUACUUCUACCCUGAUGAUAAUUUUUUGUUAAUUUUUAAACAGAACCCUGACCAAAUUCAUAAUUAUUGUUGAGAACCUUUGUGGCCAUAAUUUUAAUGUCAGUGUGCAAGAUCAGCUUUUGUGAAAUAAGUUGUUUUAAUGCAUAGUGAAUCAGCAUUGCUUUUAGUUGUAAAUGUCUAAAUCAAUAUUUGAUUCCAUUUCAGUCAUAGUUAAUGUAAAAUUGUCUACGGAAAUUACUGUAUCAUAAGAAGACUUUUUAUAGAACUUGUAAAUUAAAACAGAUGGUCUCCUGAACUAAUUUCUACUGAUACUAGGUUGUUCAAUAUUAACAUUUAAAUUUUAGGUGUAAAGCAGCAGGGCAUAUAUAUGAUAGUCUGCUAGUAGAAAUAUCUGUUCAUUUGUUCUUCCUUAUUGGUUAAAUUUACAUUCUGGUUCAUUUCUCAGAACCCUGUGACACACAUUAUGCAUCAAUUAUGUUAUGUUGUUAUUCUCAUCUUUACUUUGGUUUAAGCUCUAUAUUAAAGGUUCUUUUUACAGAAAAUUAUGGUAAUAUAUUAAUGACAUUCAUUACUACAUAUUUUUGGAUUCUACCAUUGCUCUAGUUGUUUUGUAACUCUGGAGCUACAUUAAAUGCCAGAAUGACAAUGCUUAAGUUUGCAUUAAGUUCACAUCUCAGAACACCUGUAAUAAUUCUAAUAGCAUAACUUACCCAAGAAUUCAAUUAUAGACAAAAUUCAGCAAGUGGCCUAACAACACAUUAAUUCAUGUAAUAAACAGUGUUGUUUGUUCAAUAGUUGAAAAUUUUUUGAUAAAAAAUCCUGGAUUAGUUUUUUUUUUAUUACAUUGACAAUUGAUAUUGUUUAAUGAAAAUAAAGUAGAAGUUGCAAGGAACUAAAAUUUGUAUACACAUUCUCAAUUCAUUUUGAUGCAACAUUAUUGACAACACCCAUUGUACAUCAGAGGAGUGAAAUUAUCAGAUUUAUUUCACAUAUGAAUUAAUGGGGUUUUAUUUUACUGCGAAAUCAUGGUUUUUCAUUGCAAUCAAUGUAAUAAAAUGAUCUAAUAAUCAGUCAUCUUAUUGUACAAAGCUGUUCAGCUACCCUUUUCAUCUAGAUUCUUUUUUUAAAGUCAGGGUAUCCAAGUCUUACACAUUAUUUAGAUAAUGGUUAUUUAUAGGUGUUCAAUGAAUUAACUUUACAUAGGACAGAUCCUGCAUUAAAAAUGCCAAUGACACAUCAUAUUAAUCUUCUUUUAUACUCAUCAUACAUUGCUACUAUACUUCAUGUAGAAUUUACAUCUUGUAUUUUUAUAAGCCUCCACACUUUUACUUGACAAAAUGUUAAUGGUAUUGUGUUUUUGUGGAUAUUUUUACAUUAUAAUGUCAUUUAACUUUCAUAUGUGAAACUGAUGUAUCCUUGCCCUCACUAAAAGUGAAUCUGCUUUUUUGCUUUGUACAUAAAGCAUUUGGCACAAAUUAUCUAGUCGCACAGUAAGACAUAUAUUCUCAUGAAUGUAUUUCAUUAUUACAUUUUUAAAUACUCUAAAUUGACUUAACAUGAUCUUGUAAACAGUUAUUCUUUGGAUGUCCAGUAGCAACAAUUAACAUAUACCAUAAAUAAGUUUUUUAAAAAGAUACAUUUAAAAUUUUCUAAUAUUAAGGACAGUUAAAAGGUUUUUUUGACUAUCAUGAAUUUUAUCAUAAUUAUCAAAAUUUUUUUUAAGAGUGAAAUAGAUAUUGUUUCCAGAAUUUAUGUUCUACUGGCAGGUAAACAGUACCAAAAAAACAUUUAUAAAUAUAGAAUAAGUUAUUUUUACAUGAUAUUUCUUCUUUUUUUAUUUGAAUGAGCAAAUUUUUAAAGCUAAUUUGAACUUAGUUAUUAAAAUUUUGAUUUUAUUGUACACUUUACUUAAUAAUUACUUUUGGUAAGCAAAACAUAAUUAAAGUAGUUAUAGAAAUAUAUUUGGUUAUUUGCCUUAUAAAAUUUUGUUCCAUUAAUAAUUUUUCUUUGUAAAUUCAUGGAAAUCAUCAACAUUUAGUUGCAGAGAAAAUCUAAAGUGAUCAGAAAACCAUAUCAUUCAUGUCAGAAUUCAGUUUUUUGCAGCAUGAAAUAUCUCACAGUUUAUAAUCACAAACCAUUUGGCAUUCAUUUCAUGUUACCAUAGCAUUUAUUGGUCAUGUGAUCAGUCAAGUGCUGUUGGAUGAAGUUGUAUUUUUCAUUAUUUGCUUGUAAAGCAGGUUACGUUAACCAUAUAUAAUUUUCUGUUGUUGGUAAAGUAGUGCUACUAUUAAAUAUUAUAUAUCUUUUUAUUUGUUUUAGUAGACAAUAUGAUCUUCUUUCUUGUAAAAAAAAUCUUUGUCAAAUUUGUGAAGUAAAUUUUGUUGACUACUGUA